UCAGAGCACGGAGCGUGUUCCAGUCCUCAGUGAAGUUACCGCCUCACAGUUCUGUUUGUGGAAACUGUCACUUGCAGUUUGAAAAACAGUGCAAGAAACUCUGCGCACGACGGAGCGUUAACCUGUGUGGAUCUGCAGUCCCUGGACACAAGAAGAAGCCUUUUCUUCUUUUUUUCGUGGACAGUAGCUCGUAUGAAUCUCCUCGACCCUUACCUGAAGAUGACAGAGGAACAGGAGAAGUGUCACUCCGAUGCUCCCAGCCCCUGCAUGUCUGACGACUCUGCGGGCUCACCAUGCCCGUCCCACUCGGGCUCGGACACCGAGAACACCCGGCCAGUGGACAACCAUCUCCUGAUGUCCGCUCUCGACUACAAGAAGGAGACGGACGAGGAAAAGUUCCCCGUGUGCAUCCGCGAUGCUGUGUCUCAGGUGCUCAAGGGAUACGACUGGACCCUCGUGCCCAUGCCUGUGCGCGUCAACGGAUCCAGUAAGAACAAGCCGCACGUCAAGAGACCCAUGAACGCCUUCAUGGUGUGGGCUCAGGCUGCGCGCAGGAAACUGGCCGAUCAGUACCCGCAUCUUCACAACGCGGAGCUCAGCAAGACAUUGGGCAAACUCUGGAGAUUGCUCAACGAGUCUGAGAAGCGGCCGUUCGUGGAAGAAGCAGAACGAUUGAGGGUGCAGCAUAAGAAGGACCACCCUGACUACAAGUACCAGCCAAGGCGGAGAAAGUCUGUCAAAAACGGUCAGAGCGACGCUGAAGACGGCGAGCAGACGCACAUUUCACCGAACGCCAUUUUCAAGGCACUGCAGCAGGCGGAUUCUCCUGCGUCCAGCAUGGGAGAUGUGCACUCCCCUGGCGAACACUCUGGUCAGUCCCAGGGUCCACCCACUCCACCUACCACCCCCAAAACUGAUCUGCCCUCCAACAAAGCUGAUCUGAAGCGGGAGGGCCGACCCGUGCAGGAGGGCACCAGUCGCCAGCUCAACAUUGACUUUGGUGCAGUGGACAUUGGGGAGCUGAGCAGCGAGGUCAUCUCAAACAUGGGCAGUUUUGACGUGGACGAGUUUGACCAGUACCUUCCGCCCCACAGCCACGCGGGCGUUGCUCCGGCAGGGUACACUGGCAGCUAUGGCAUGGGCAGUGCGGCUGUGGCCCAGAACAGUGCCUGGAUGAACAAACAGCAGCAGCACACACUGACCAACCUGAGCGGGGAGCAACAACAGAGGACCACACAGAUCAAGACAGAGCAGCUGAGUCCGAGCCACUACAGUGACCAGCAGGGCUCUCCUCAGCAUGUCACCUACGGCUCCUUUAACCUGCAGCACUACAGCAGCUCGUACCCCUCCAUCACCAGAGCCCAGUACGAGUACUCAGAGCAGGGCACUAACUCGUACUAUAGUCAUGCGGCUGGCCAGGGCUCCGGCCUUUACUCCACGUUUAGCUACAUGAGCCCCAGUCAGAGGCCCAUGUACACCCCAAUCGCAGACAGCGCUGGGGUGCCCUCUGUCCCACAGAACCACAGUCCACAGCACUGGGAGCAGCCCAUCUAUACACAGCUCUCCAGGCCGUGAGACACUGACUCUAAUGCACACAAUGCCAGUAGAAAAACAAAGACUUUUUAUGUACUGAAAAUAUAUCUUUGGAUUGGCUCCCAACAGUGCCUUUUAUAUAUUGUUUGAAAUUGUACUUCUAUUUUUUUAGAUACAGUUUGUUGUUAAAGAAUCCUCUGUGAGGAGAUACAAGUUAUAAUAUUUUAGUAUGUACUGUGUAUGUAUCUGCUCCUGCCUUCACUGCCAUGAACAGCCCUCAGAUUGUGAGGGCGCCCCAGGGUCAAGAUGCUGGGUAAAAGUGGCCUUUUUUUCCCUUUUUUUGUAUAGAAAGUAUGACAUGUAAAGAAUCUGUUUACUGACACUGCUGUCUUAUGAUAGACAUUCCACCUUCACUGUAAAUAUUUUAAUGUCGUUCCUUUCUGAUGCAAAUGCUGAGCAGUAGGUACCAUAAUGUGACUGUGUCAUGAAUAUUCCCCUGGCUCUUGCUUGGGCUCAGUGCCAUGCCUUCUCCUCAGGCCUUACUGUGUAGUGUCACUUGUGUCUGGUUGCUGCCUUGAUGCCGUAGUUGCCUCUGGGGCUGCUGUCUGCCAUGGCUGUGUUAAAACCUCAGCAUACUUUUGACUUCUGCUCCUGCGCUUACAGGAAGUGACCUUUGACCAGAUUCUCCAGCAGCUCCAAGCCUGCUCUGCUCUUCACAACUCUUUUUUUUCUGAAACCCUUUUCCUAAUUUAUUCAUUAGCAUUAAUUUUAUGUGAAAAUAACUAUUUGCAAUUAGUUUUUAAUUUUUCCAGCAGCUAACCACGCCUGCUGUGAUACAGAUUUGUUUAAUUUAUCAUUUGUAAAUGUUCUUUUUAUUUAGCUGUGUACAGAAUAUGUAUCACAAUGAAUUCUAGAGAAGACAACUGGAAGUUAUCUUUUUUGUUUGUUUGUUUCUAACAAAAUCAUUAUUGUGGAAAUGCUGGAAUCAACUGGAUGAUCUUUGUUCCUUUUAUAUCCCAUUCUGUAUCAUUAGUUCUCCUUAUCAACUUGAUAAUGCAGCUGUUCUAGGUAAAAUGGCAUUGUCUUAAAAGCUUAUC